UUUAAAACAAGAAAUAAAGACGCAAGAGAUUCACAUUUAAUCAUGGUGUUUAACAUACAGCUCACCAUGUUACUGUCUGUGGUGAAGUAAAAGAGUCCAGCUGAGUGGCUAAUUUCUUAUUGCCUUCUUGUGAAGAGAGAGGAGAAAGGUUCACUCCGGGUCUAUUCAGCGGAGAUAAUGAAAACAGCGGGCAUAAACUUUAUAAUGAGGCCAGGGAACAUAACCUGUGUAAUGUUUCAUUGUUUAAUGAGGACUAAGCUGGGAGCGCGAAGCUUUCGUGGACAUAGAUUGUUUUCAAACAGAGGGAAAUGCCAGAUUUAAACCCUCAAGAUCCAGCUUUGUUCUAGUGACAGAAGAACAACUACAGAAUGAGGAGGCUGGUUACUGCUUUGAAGGACUUUGCAGAUAAUGACAUAGUGCAUUUCCUUACAAGACCUCAGAUCAUUGCUAGAAUCUUAGCAGCGGUAUUCUCUCUGAUAAUCUUUGCUGGUCUGGUGGCUGAAGGAUAUCAGAACCUGACAACCUCUUCCCAGUUACACUGUAUUUUGAAUGAUAAUGGGGCAGCCUGCUGCUAUGGCAUCACAGUGGGUGUACUCUCCUUUCUUCAGUGCCUCCUUUUUUUGGGCUUCGACAUCUAUGACACUUCCAUUUCAAAUCACAAGUUCAAGUAUGCUGUCCUUGUACUAGAUGUUACCUUCUCCAUCAUCUGGACAUGCCUAUGGUUUGUUGGGUUCUGUUUUCUAGCCAAUCAGUGGAACAGGUCGACACAUUCCUACCUGCUGGGAACUAGUGCUGCACGAGCAUGUAUCGCCUUUGCUCUCCUCUCUGUUCCAUGCUGGGUCUAUCUGGCUUAUCUGGCUCUGAAAAACCUGUGGGCUGAACCACCGGUUCCUUACAAGCGGACCCUGGAUGAAGGAUCUGUUGCCUUGACCACCCUGUCUUGUUCAACUACCUCCUCCCUUCCCAAUAAUAUAAAGUAUCCUGAGAAUAUGGGUACAGCCUCUUAUCCAUCCACUCCUGUACCUCAUCGACUAACAUUAAUGAAUUCUGAUGACUAGAGAGUAAUUAUUUAUUCCUGAAAUAAAUAAAAGAGGAAGAAAGAAUUUGAAGAC